CCUUUCCUUUAAGCGCCACUCGCGGGAGCUCCGCCCACUACGGGAAGCCGCGGGGCCCCUCUGCUUCCGGCUCUCCUUUGGCUUUUCCAUCCCGUUCCUUUCCGUCACACAUCAGAAUGACAACUCUUAUAAAGAAGUUCAUACAUCAGACUGUGAAAACUGGAAUUAACUGCAGUGAUAGAUAUUUUACACAGACUGUGCCAAAAGCAGCACUAGCACAGUUUGGGGCUAUCACUAUUGCCAAAAGAUUACUGCUACCUACAUAUGCUAAGGCAUUUAGUACUGUUGAUUACACAGAAGAUGAAAUGGACAAGAAAAAAAAGUCAAAACCAACUUUUGGCAAUGUUGGGAGAAAAAUUCAUCACCGAAUUGUUCACCUCCUUGAUAGUAAUGGGAACAGUUUAGGAUCGAUGCAUCGGGCAAAUGUGAUUCGUCUAAUGGAUCAACAAGGCAUGAGACUUGUUUUGCGGAAAGCCAAUGUAGAUCCUCCAGUGUACCAGUUAAUGACAGGAAAACAGAUACAUGAAGAACAGCUUAGACUUAGAGACAUAGAAAAGGCUCAACCAAAAACAGAACGUCACCAGUUAAAGGAAUUGAUCUUUUCUUCAAAUAUUGCACAACAUGAUUUGGACACCAAAACUAAACAGAUGCAACAGUGGAUUGAGAAAAAAUAUAAAGUCCAAAUUACAGUCAAGAAAGGGAAAACAAUAGACCCAGAAGACAAUAUGGAGGACCUCUUUAAUAAAAUUCUACAGAGUAUGCCUGAACUAGCUACUUUUGCAUCCAAGCCCAAAAUCACGAGAGGUGGAAAAGCUGCAACCUGUGUUUUUCGCCACUUGAGCAAUAAGGAAAUGGCUAGAAGUAAGAAAAGUAAAGAUGAAACUCAAGAAACCACAGACGCUCUGAAUAAGGAAAAUAAUAAUAAUAUGGAAUCAAAUAUUCUGCAGCAGUGAUAUUUUAAUAAAGAAAAACUAUCAAAGGCAAAAGGAAAAUAA